CUCUCUCUCUUGCUUCUCUCUCUACUGAGUCGCACAAUUCCUCACAUUCCCUAAUUUCCCCCAAAAUCUGGAUUGAUUGACGAUUCAAAUCAGCGGAAAUGGUGAAAGUCCACCGAAUCAGUUCGGUGGAUUGGACUCCAUCGCCGGUCCUAGCUCUGGCGACGAGCGCCGACAGCUCGCAGGUCGCCGCCGCGCGCGCCGACGGCUCCGUGGAAAUUUGGCUAGUCUCCCCUGGCUCCGUGGGCUGGCACUGUCAGCUUACGAUACACGGGGACCCUGAUUGUAGAGUGUCUUCGCUGGUGUGGUGUCAGUCCGGGCCGAGGGGCGGACCGUUGGGGAGAUUGCUGUCUUCCAGCAUUGAUGGGUCGAUUUCGGAGUGGGAUUUGUUCGGCUUGAGACAGAAGACAGUUCUAGAUUCUAUUGGUUUCUCGAUUUGGCAAAUUGCUGCGGAGCCAUGCAAUCAUUUGAAUGUGAGACGGGAAGCAAAAUAUUAUCAGAAUGGUCAGACUAGCCCUUCAAUUACCAGUGAAGUUGAUGAUGUGGAGACUAGUGAAGAUGAAGAUGAUGAUAAAAGUGUGGCGCUGGUUCAUGAGCAAAAUGAUACUGAAAGUACCAGACUAGCAAUGGCCUGCGAUGAUGGCUGUGUCCGGAUCUAUCGUGUUUCUGAUGCAGAAGAACUUGUAUAUAAUAGAACGCUGCCUAGGGUCAGUGGGCGCACACUUAGUGUAACCUGGAGUUCAGAUGGAAGUAGGAUUUAUUCAGGGAGUAGCGAUGGGUUCAUAAGGUGUUGGGAUGCUAAGUUGGCUCAGGAGAUAUACAGAAUAACUGUUGGUCAUGGAUGUCUGGGUGGUGAUGAUGAUCUUUGCAUAUGGUCAUUACUUGCAUUAAGGUGUGGAACUAUAGCCAGUGGGGAUAGUUCUGGUAGCGUGAAGUUCUGGGAUGGUCAGUUUGGAACACUUCUGCAGGCACAUUCAAAUCACAAGGGUGAUGUAAAUGCCUUAGCUGCAGCUCCCACCCAUAACAUAGUAUUUUCUGCUGGUUCUGAUGGUCAGAUCAUACUGUAUAAACUUUCUACUGAGGCUGUUGAUUCUAGUGAUAAAAAAAUUGUCCCAGAUGUCAAGAAAUGGAUCUAUGUUGGCUAUGUGAGAUCUCAUACACAUGAUGUAAGGGCAUUGACCUUAGCUACACCUAUUAGCCAUGAAGAUCUUCCUCCUGAUGAAAAGGUUAAGAGGUCACGAGGUCCAAACAAGCCCCUUGAUUUUAGUUACCAUAAAUGGGCUCAUUUGGGUGUGCCCAUGCUUAUCUCAGCAGGCGACGACACGAAACUUUUUGCAUAUUCUGUAAAGGAAUUUACUAAGUAUUCUCCUCAUGACAUAUGCCCUGCACCACAGAGAAUGCCAAUGCAACUUGUUCUUAAAACACUUUUCAAUCAGACUCCAUUGCUUUUGGCUCAGUCUGCAAAUUUCUUAGACAUCUUUUGUGUGCGAUUGCAAAAUGGUGGUGCAACUGAUAUCAGUCCUAGCUCGUCUGCUGGGUCUGCGCGCACUGAUUUAGUGGCCAGAAUUAAAUGCAAGGCUUCUCGGAAGAUCAUCUGCAGUACAAUCUCUUCAUCAGGAACGCUAAUUGCCUACUCAGAUCACGUAAGACCUAAUUUAUUUGCUUUGCAAAGAACCAAAUCAGGCAGCGGUUGGGCUGUAGAUAAAAGGAAGCUCCCUCAGAGAUUGCCAUUUGCCCAUUUCAUGGUUUUCAGCUCUGACUCUUCAAGACUAAUAUUAGCUGGGCAGGACAGAAAAAUAUAUGUUGUAGAUGCUGAAAGCGAGAAUCUUGUCCAUGCUUUCACUCCUUGCCGGAAGGACAAUGUUGAUGGUUUACCACCUAGUGAGCCUCCCAUUACAAAAAUGUUUACAAGUAAUGAUGGACAGUGGUUAGCUGCUGUCAACUGCUAUGGAGAUGUCUAUGUCUUCAACCUUGAGACUCUAAGGCAACACUGGUUCAUCUCAAGAUUGGAUGGAGCUUCGGUUACUGCUGGUGGUUUUACUCCUAAAAAUAGCAACAUUCUCAUCGUCUCCACCUCUUCAAAUCAGGUUUAUGCAUUAGAUGUGGAGGCUAAACAGUUGGGGGAGUGGUCCAUGCGUCACACAUUUUCUCUGCCAAGGAGAUAUCAAGAAUUUCCUGGGGAAGUUAUUGGUCUUUCGUUCCCCCCAUCCUCAGCUUCAUCUUCUGUUAUUGUCUAUAGUCCCAGGGCUAUGUGCUUGAUCGACUUUGGGAUGCCUGUCGAUAGAGACGAUGACACCGACUUAGCAAAUGGUCUGGGAUUAACAGGAAAGGGGCACAGCAACGGUAAGCCUAAGCGGAAACUGCAGGGAUUAGAAUCUAAGCACGGUGGUAAAAGGAACUUCGAAAUUUGUGCAUUUAGAGACCCUGUUUUAUUUGUUGAACAUCUGUCGAAAAAUUCUCUCGUGGUCAUAGACAAGCCAUGGGCGCAGGUUGUUGGCACAUUCGACGCCCAGCCUGUCCAUAGACAUAUAUUCGGGACAUAACACUCCGUCACGGGGCAGGCGUAUUAGGCUCGGAGGCGGCGAAUGUUGCCUUCAUCAAUUUUUGAUCUUGCUUCUCUUUGUACUCUCUUUUCAAGAUGCUGUGGUUGUCUUGGGCCAUGUUGUGCAAUGUAUCUGCUAACAAGUUAGUUUUUCAAUGUUUAAUAGAACAAAAUUCAAUUUAGAAAGUCUAAAUUACUUUUAUUUUUCUAUUGCUAAUUUCUUUCGUUGUUCUGUAAACAAAAAUUAAGAAUAUAGUUGAUUAUUUACUUUCA